CUUCAAAUGCAAGACCUUCCCUCUCUGUGCUUCCUCAGCUUAUGCUAUCACUCCUUCCCGCUCUCUCUGCUACUCGGCUACUGAGCUCCUUUCUCCAAAUCCUCCAAAAGAAUAAAAAAAAAAAACGUUCUCAUUCGGGCUAAGUCCAUGUUACCAUCUUCUUAUUCUUCACCGUUUGUGCCAUUAUACCUUUGGCUUCUACUUCGGCUGCCAAUUGGCUCUUGACAACACGUUCGCAUUUAGUUAGCACAAUUUACUCUGUUGCUUUCGGCAGUCCUUAUUGAAAUUAAGCAUAGUAGAAAAUGGAGAACGGUUGGAGCUGGGAGCAGAAACCACUGAUUGGUGAACUAAUACAGGGAAUGGAGCUAGUGAAACAGUUAAGGGUACAAUUUAGUACAGCAUCGUCAUCACCCGAGACCGUAGAGACAUUGUUGCAGAGGAUAUUAGCUUCAUAUGAGAAGGCUCUUAUGAUUCUGAGAUGGAGUGGCUCGAUCGGACAGCCCCAGAUUGAAGGAGUAAUGGCAGGUGUACCCGGGUCUCCAAUUUCUGUCAACGGAAGUCUCGGGACCGAUGAAUUUGAGAAGGGUAUCAAGGAUCAUCAGGGCACUGACGAUAUCUCAAAGAAGAGGAAGAUAUUGCCCAGAUGGACGGACCAUGUGAGAGUGAGAUCUGAGACUGGGUUGGAAGGACCCCAUGAAGAUGGCUAUAGUUGGAGAAAAUAUGGUCAGAAAGACAUCCUAGGAGCCAAAUAUCCCAGAAGCUACUAUAGAUGCACAUUGCGUAACUCUCAAAACUGCUGGGCGACAAAGCUAGUGCAAAGAUCAGAUGAUGACCCAAACGCAUUUGACAUCACGUACCGAGGAAGGCACACCUGUUCCCAUGCUACCAAUUUGGUUCCAGCAUCACCAUCACCAGAAAAGCAAAAACAGAAACAAUACAACAACAACAAUCAUAAUGAACAAGAGCGACCACUUGACAUCCUCAGAGACAUUCGAAGCAGUUUGAGGAUUGCUACUGAGGACUUGGACAGUAAAGAGAUGACAUAUCCCUUCUCUUUUCCUUCCACUUCUUUUGGAUGCAUGAAUAGUGAGAACAAUGGCUUUUCACUUUCAGCUUUCGACCGUAACACUCUCCUGGACAGUUUUUCCUCGCCAUUUUUUUCUCCGGCCACCCCUGAAUCAAACUACUUCGCAGUGUCCCCAUUCGAGAAGAGCAACUUUGGAGGGGUUCACAACGAGCAUCAUUUUGAAUCGGAACUCAGUAAGAUAAUCUCAGCCAACGCUUCAGCCACCAGUUCCCCUGUUCUAGACUUGGAUUUCUCACUGCACCCAGUGGAAAUUGAGCCAAAUUUCCCAUUUGACUAUCAACCGUGUACCCGGGCUCUAAAUUAAUUCCCCUUGGGAUCUAAAUUAAGAAAAAAAAUGCAUGUGUAAUGCAAUCUUGUUUAGACCUGUCGAAUCUAGCUUGUUUCAUAAGGAUGGGAUGCUUGUAGAAUAUAUAGAACCCCCUUUAGUUUUAGCUAUGAGAUAGAUACUGGUUAACGGGUU